CGCAGUCACGUGAUUGUCAUCAGCGGACCAGUGUGACGCGCGAUCAGCUGACGUUCACUCGACCUUCUCCACUGCGGGAGAUACGGACAUCCAAACGUCUCCAUCCGCAGCGCUUCAAAUAAAUCCCGUACCGAAGCAUGGCGAGCCAGUCCCAGGGCAUCCAGCAGCUGCUGCAGGCGGAGAAACGAGCCGCGGAAAAGGUCGCAGAAGCCCGUAAAAGAAAAAAUCGUCGUCUGAAGCAAGCCAAAGAGGAGGCGCAGGCUGAGAUUGAGCAGUACCGUCUGCAAAGGGAGAAAGAGUUUAAGACAAAGGAGGCUGCGGCCCUGGGGUCCCAUGGAAACUCUGCUGUAGAGGUGGAUAAGGAGACCAUAGAUAAGAUGAGCCGCAUCCAGAGCAGUUAUCAGCAGAACAAGGAAGCUGUGCUUGCAAACCUGCUGAAGAUGGUGUGCGACAUCAAGCCAGAGAUCCACGCCAAUUACCGCGUCGCUGGAUAAACACCUCUGUCCAACCACCACAUCCGUUACAAUCCCUAAAGACCCACAAAGCACUGAGACAAAGACUGCUACUAGACGUAUCUCGUUACAAUCAUAAUAUUUAGAUAGCUGGACUACUACACUGCUUAAUAAUACACUUCUUAUCUACAUUACGACAUUAACACAUUUCCUUGGGUUUAAACAGACAUUCAUUGAUACCUAAACCAGUCAGUGGUCAUGGUACUGCACAUACACAUCUCUGCAGUAUUGUUUGCAAAUAUAUCUUUGAUAUGAUCCAAUGCAAGUCUUUGUCUCUGGUCUUUUAGUUAACUAGUAUUGUCCAGUAUAUCAGAGUGAGUUUCUUUGUGAAUGAUACCUUUAAUUGUUUGUAUGAACGUCUGUAUCUUGAUGCUACAUUCUUAAUUUAUAAGUAAUCAGAUGUUGUUUUAUCUAAUUGAUGUAUACAAUAUAAUUUUUUGAUGGCUUUUUUUGUGACAAAUCUCAUAGUUAUCAUAAUCUUAAUGUUGUAUUCGUAAUUAAAUACACUUCCUCCCUGCGCCCUUGUUCUGUAUAUGUAGAUGGCACUCCUCUAUUUCAGCCUGCUGUGAAAAUGUAAUAAAUGUUUGUGUACAAAUGGA